CCAGUAUGUUACAACAAUUUUGUAUGUGUUAACGUACAUUCCACAACUAUCGCGUAAAUGUCUGUGUAAAAUUCCAUCAACCUGAUGUCUCAUCAUUUACCUGACCCCUCAGCUACUUGAUCCUUGCAUUCCUAUGCCACCGGCAACAUUUAGGUCACUGCCCAUUUUUCAACUAUCCUAACACAGCAAGCUCUAGGUUAAUAUUUGAAGCUCUUCUAUGCUUUGUAUCGUUGCUGUGAUCCCAGGAUACGGCAUCUGCCGAGCUAAAAGCGGUGGUCGUCCUAACGGGUCUCAGUGUGUCUUGCCAAAGUGAUUUCUUCGUUCCAUCCCAGGCCCAUGCCAGGCACACAGGUGGCACCAACCCUGCCAGUUCUGUGUGUGUGGCCCACCUUGCUGAGAGCUGGCCGGGGCUCCAGAGUCUGUUUACUGAGUCAUUUUCUCUACUUGAGAAGUAACUGCUCACAGGUUUUGCUCGUUGGUCCAAAUGACCAUGUGUUUAUCGUUUGCGGGAAAGAUGUUUUUUCCUGGGCUUAGGUUUGCUUUUUAUCUUUUUAUUUAUUUAUUUUUAUUCAAACAGAAAGUCACAAAAAUUAUAAUCAUCCUCUUCAGUUCACUCAGUCCCAUGUAAUUAAUAAUUAUUUUUUCAUGUUGAUCUUUUAGCACUUUUAUGAAAUCAUCUAAUGGAAAACCAUUAGAGUUCUGAAAAAACAUAUAAGAUUUUUAGAAAUUUCAGGUCUGAAGUGCAUCUCCUGUAGACAGCAUAUAUAUGGAUCUUGUUUUUGUAUCCAUUCAGCAAGGCUGUGUCUUUUGGUUGGAGCAAUUAAUCCAUUCACGUUUAAGGGUUACCAGGGCAUGGUGGAUGGUGGCAGCAACAUUGUGGAAGCCGACUGGGAAAGUGUCUCCAGCAUCCUGCAAGUGGGAGGGACCAUUAUUGGCAGCGCCCGUUGCAAGGACUUCCGUUCUCGGGAAGGCCGCUUGAAGGCUGCUCAUAACUUGCUUCAGCUGGGCAUCACCAACCUGUGUGUGAUCGGCGGGGACGGGAGUCUCACCGGGGCCAAUAUCUUCCGGAAGGAGUGGAGUGGGCUGCUGGAGGAGCUGGCCCGGGAGGGCAAGAUCAACACGGAGGAGGUGCAGAAGCACGGGUACCUCAACGUGGUGGGGAUGGUGGGCUCCAUCGACAACGACUUCUGCGGCACCGACAUGACUAUCGGCACGGACUCUGCCCUGCACCGCAUCAUCGAGGUGGUGGACGCCAUCAUGACGACUGCCCAGAGCCACCAGAGGACCUUCGUCCUGGAAGUCAUGGGGAGGCACUGCGGGUACCUGGCCCUGGUGAGUGCGUUGGCCUGUGGGGCCGACUGGGUGUUCCUUCCAGAAUCUCCACCAGAAGAAGGUUGGCAGGAAAACAUGUGCAUCAAACUCUCAGAGAACCGUGCCCGGAAAAAAAGACUGAACAUAAUCAUUGUGGCCGAAGGAGCCAUUGACACCCAAAACAGAGCCAUCACCUCUGAGCAAAUCAAGGAGCUCGUGGUCACACAGCUGGGUUAUGACACUCGGGUGACCAUCCUUGGACACGUGCAGAGAGGUGGGACGCCUUCAGCCUUUGAUAGGAUUUUGGCCAGCCGCAUGGGGGUGGAGGCCGUGGUCGCCCUCCUCCAGGCCACCCCCGAGACCCCGGCCUGCGUGGUGUCGCUGAGCGGGAACCAGGCGGUGCGGCUGCCACUGAUGGAAUGCGUGCAGAUGACCCAGGAAGUACAAAAGGCGAUGGAUGAGAGGAGAUUUAAGGACGCUGUGCAACUCCGAGGAAGGAGCUUUGAGAACAACCUGAACACCUACAAGCGGCUCGCCAUCAAGCUGCCAGACUCCCAGAUCCGUAAGAGCAACUGCAAUGUGGGCAUCGUGAACGUGGGUGCGCCCGCCGCCGGCAUGAACGCGGCCGUGCGCGCGGCCGUGCGCGUGGGCAUCUCCGACGGACACAAGGUGUUCGCUGUGUACGACGGCUUUGAGGGCUUCGCCAAAGGCCAGGUAAAGGAAUUUGGCUGGGCAGAUGUCGGCGGCUGGACCGGCCAAGGCGGCUCCAUUCUUGGGACAAAACGCACCCUCCCCGGGAAGUACCUGGAGGACAUCGCUGCUCAGAUGCACACCCAUGGCAUCAACGCGCUCUUGAUCAUCGGUGGAUUCGAGGCCUACCUGGGACUGUUGGAGCUGUCGGCCGCCCGGGAGAAGCACAAGGAGUUCUGCGUCCCCAUGGUCAUGGUUCCCGCCACCGUCUCCAACAACGUGCCCGGCUCCGAUUUCAGCAUCGGGGCAGACACCGCCCUCAACACCAUCACCGACACGUGUGACCGCAUCAAGCAGUCGGCCAGCGGGACCAAGCGCCGCGUCUUCAUCAUCGAGACCAUGGGGGGCUACUGCGGCUACCUGGCCAACAUGGGGGCGCUGGCUGCCGGAGCCGAUGCCGCCUACAUCUUCGAGGAGCCUUUCGACAUCCGGGACCUGCAGUCCAACGUGGAGCACCUGACCGAGAAGAUGAAGACCACCAUCCAGAGGGGACUCGUGCUCAGGAACGAGAGCUGCAGUGAGAACUACACCACCGACUUCAUCUACCAGCUCUACUCAGAGGAGGGCAAGGGGGUGUUCGACUGCAGGAAGAACGUGCUGGGUCACAUGCAGCAGGGUGGGGCGCCUUCUCCAUUUGAUAGAAACUUUGGAACCAAAAUCUCCGCCAGAGCCAUGCAGUGGAUCAGCACGAAGCUGAAGGAGCCGGCGGGGAGAGGAAAAAGAUUUGUAAGUGACGAUUCCGUCUGUGUGCUGGGAAUAAGCAAAAGAAACCUGCUCUUCCAGCCCGUGGCCGAGCUGAAGGAGGAGACGGACUUCGUGCACAGGAUCCCCAAGGAGCAGUGGUGGCUGAAGCUGCGGCCCCUCAUGAAGAUCCUGGCCAAGUACAAGGCCAGCUUCGAGGUGUCGGACGCGGGCCAGCUGGAGCCCAUGCAGCCUCGUGGGCCCGAGGAGCCUGCCACCAUCUAGACGCCCCACCUGCCCAUUUUGUAACGUUUAUUUAUGAGCACUUUACGUGAGCAUCGUCCAAGUGAACCCUGAGCGCGGCCCACCUUCCCCGUCCCCUGGCCCCCCGCACGGGGUGUCAGCUGUGCUGUCUUGUGUGUCCUGCUUCACAAACUGUGGCUCCCGCAGAAUUAAAUGUUUGCUAAAAGCCAA